CUGCAAGCCCUGAUGAGUCGUCAGGAAGAACUGAACAUCCUGCGCGACGAGACAACUAAAAAACUGAUGGAAGUCAAAGCCAGAGAUAACCUUGCAAGUUCAACCCUGGCCGCUGUCAUUGCCAGUAAGCAGUUUAUGAGCAGUAGGCCUCAACCCAUGCAGGUGCUGGAGACGGCUCUCAGAGCUUCUUCCAUGGGAGCCGGUCAAGAGGAGGAGGAGGAAGGGGCUGGAGGAGCCGCUGGACUAGACAGACAGCUCAAGUCUAACAUUGUGGCUUACCCAGAAUCAGAUGAUGAGGACAACUCAAAAGUUCUUGGGAUGGAAGCUUUGCCAAAUAAGCUCAUGGAGCUGAAGCGACAGCUCCACUAUCUCAAGAAUGAGUUUUCUCAGAUCAGUGAAGACCCCAAUAUGGAGACUGAUACCCGUGUCUUGGUAGAGGGGCCCCAGCAAUUACAAAAUAAGCUUCAUGAGCUGCAGAACAAGAAACUGCAAUUAGACAUGAGGCUGCAUGAGUUGCAGCUGAUACACUCUCCUUCCAGUGAUAACUCCAAGAAUAAUGAAACAAGUGCACAAAUCACCGCCUUCAGUCCCAUUGGCCCGGCAACAUCCCACAUCCCAGCCACUGUGCAUAAUCAGCAGCAGCAACAACAGCAGACAGUAAACAAACCAGCAGUCAGCAGCGGAUCCUCGUCUGUGAGCCUGCCCUCCAACCUGCAGACACAGGCCAAUGCUUUGACAUCUUUUGCAGACCUGACAGGAUGGUCGGAGUUUGGUCAGGAUCCUGGAGCCAACUUGAUGCCGGAGAUGAUGCAGGAACUGCAGGAGAAGUUAAGGUGUCUGAACGAAGUUCGAGAGCAGCUGAACCAGUUAAAAAGUUCUGUGCAGUUCAGUGAGAUUGAGCACGCUGAAUUAGAAGCUUUGCAGCAGAAACCACGACAGCCGCAGCAGAAACCACCACAGUUGCAGCAGAAACCACCACAGUCACAACAGAAACCACCACAAUUACAACAGAAACCUCCACAGUUGCAGCAGAAAGUACCACAGUCACACCAGAAACCACCACAGUCGCAGCCGAAGCUGUCAGGAAAUCGGUAUCCCCAGCAGCAUGAUGAGGUUGUGGCAGCUGCCUCUCCCCGGAAUAUGACUCAGCUGUUGAAUCUUGAAGGGACAGAUCCUGGAGAUGAGCUUUCGGACGAAGACAAUGUUUCUGCAUCCAAGUCGGGGUCUGUGUGGUCGGUGCUGGGGUCUUGGGAUCAUGAUCCCCAAGUACAGGAGAAAGUCAGAAAAUUGAAAUCUGCUGAAGAGAAUCUACGCCAGCUUCAGGAUCUGGUCUCCUUCGUCCAACAGUCUCCAGAUGGAGCAGUAGGUGUCCCUAAAGAGCAGGCAGGCAGGGCAUCAAGUGGGGAUGUCUCUCGUGCUACUGGGACGUAUGAUUUGAAUGUUUCUGUCAGUGAAGGAGAGCUGCCAUCAGAGUCUUUGAAGAUCCUACAGAGGGAUGACAGUGGGGAAGAAGUGGAAGACCCUGCAGCAGAACUAGAGAAGCUGCGACGGGAGAGAAAUUUGCUGAUGGACCUACAGACCCAGCUACAACAUAUACAGAGUCAGGUUAGGACAACAUCUGGACCCAGCAGUGGGGAGGAGCGGGUCAGGACCCGGCCGGAAUCUAGUAGAGAGAAGUCUAGGUUGGAACAGGUUUCCAGUACCCCAGUAGUCACAUUUGCCUCAAAUGAUGAGCUGUACAGUAAAAUACGCCGACAGAGGAUACUGCAUGAGGAGUUGAGGUCCAAGAAAAGGGAACUGGAAGCUAUUAUGAAGAAAGACCACAACAGGAGACAGUACUCUCGUAAUCAGGAUAAUCAAAGUGAUUCCGUCUCCUUGACUACGGAUAUGUUCGGAGCUGCAGCCAGUGUUGAUGCAACCAUGGCCACCUGGGGAGGCUCCACAGCUGACAACCUGGAGAAUAUCACAGAGGAUGAAGACGGGCAAGACAGAGACAGCAGUAAUCAUAGAGAAGAGGACCAAGAAAAUGAAGAUGUUCGGAACCCUUCCAGAAAUAGAAGCAGCAACAGAAAUGUUCAGCUUCGGGGAAAUCUGAGUUCUAGGACAGAGAACCAGCAACGAUCACUGAAUCGACAGCAGAAUGAUGAUGAUGCCUUCCUAGGUGCUCCUGUUGACUGGUAUGGGAACAUUGAAUCUCGCCUGUCUGGUCUAACCACGGCUGUUGAAGCACUUUUGAAGAAGUCAGAGAAUGAUGGCAGACAACUCCAUGUGUCUGUCGGCCAUGAAAGUCUUCCACACAGCAUCACUGGACCCUAUAGACCUGACCAGCAGCAACAGCAGCUGUUGCAACUGCAGAACCAGUCACUGAUGCUGAGCUUUGGUCAGCUGGUGCAGACAUUGACCCGCCAGCAAGGGGACAUUCAGCAGCUACAGCAGCAAGUCCAGGCUCUACAACUGCAGAUCCAAGCACUUAGCUUUGAACACAUGACUCCUGCGGUCACAGUUAACCUUCCCAGUCCAUUCCGCCAGCCGCAGCCCAGCCCAGUGGUCAGCACCUGCAGUUCCAGACCUAGAGUCACCCCAGCGGCAGCAACUUUAGGUGUCCGUCCAGUCGUCAUUAAGCACCAACAGAAACCACACUUGCAGUCACAGAAACAGAGAAAUGUGAACAACACAGACUUAUUCAUCAAUCAUUCUGAGGCCAGUUCCGGGUUUGCAAGUGUCCAAUCUGGCAGUUUGAGCCUCUCUGCCCGUCACCUGCCUCAAGGUGCAGAUAAAACUCCUGCUGAUGGCGCCUGUAGUAACCUUGACACCAGCCAGCCACAGUCUGUCUUUCAGCAGGGGCCGGCCACUAGAAAAUCUGGCAAGGUCAAGAAGUCAAACAGUGAUUCCACUUCAGGUGUGAGAAUGCCUGUGGCUAGACCUGAAAACCUUGCAGAAGAAAGACGCCGUGCUUAUCCUGGCAAGAUGGACGAUGGUCAAGCUGCGUCCAGGGCCCCAGCUGUUGGCCAGGCUGGCAUCAGGAUGGAUGGCUUUGAUCAGGAUGGGUCUGGUUACAGCAGCUCACAGUCUGUUUCCAGUCAGUUCUCGGUACCGGCACCAGCUAGACAAGGAGAUUCUGGUGCUGCCGUGACUAAUAGUAGCACACUUUUCGACACACUGCGUGAUACUAUCUACACGGAGGUGGCCUCCUUGAUCUCACAGAAUGAGAACCGCCCGUAUUUCCUCUUGGAGCUUUUUCGGGACAUGCAGCGAGUUGAUUCCGACUCCAUGCGACAGCAGGCCCUCAACUCGUUGCAAGAACUUGUCAGUUCGGGUUACAGAAAUGUCACGUCUGCCUGGUCGUCUGGACCCACCUGGAGUCAGUCCACACAAACUCACAGUGAGACAGUGAGUACAGGACUGAUACCUGACAAGGAUUCAACAUCAGAAGAUGAUGAUGAUGGUGAUCUGCUAGAGGCACGGCUUCAAGAGGAGAUAGAAGAGCGGAAUCAGCUGGAGAAAUCCAUCAGAAGUGGCACCUUCCAGGGUGCACCUUUCGAUUACGCUGAACUAGUGGACAACCCAAGCUCCUUGUCCACACCAACUAAUGCGGAUGAUGAACAUCUCAACCUUCAGCACCAACAUGUUGACACAGAACCACAGCGGCAGCAGCAGCAGCAGCAGGUCCAAAUCAUCAUGAUGGCUGUAAACAAUUUCAUCAAAAAACGCGCUGGUGACAUUUGCUCCGUUCAGUUGUUAAAUGUCAUCAUACGCUUGGUGGCUUCCUCUGUGUAUGUGUCAGGGGGCCAGGAGUUUGUACGUCUGUUUCAACAGCAACUGACGUCAGUGCUGGAGGACAGGGUGGUGAAAUACCAGGGCAGGAGGAUGAUAGAAUGUGGAGAAGAACUGGUCAGUGACAUCAGUGAUGUCCUGUACCGGCAGCUGGCUGACCUUGGCUUGGGGCACAACUUUGAUGACCGUGUGGUCACUGGACAGGGGAUAUCUAGAGACUGGCCACUGCAGAUGGUGGAAAGUGAACAGACACCUGAGCAUGGAUCUUUGAGCCGCACCCCCACUGGAGGUAGCAGUCAAGUUGAGGACGUGCAGAAAGUUACUGGCAGUGAGAAAAGUGAAUCAGAACAUGAUGAUGAUGAUGCUGGGGUCUCAGAGGAGUCAUUCUGCUAUGUUGGGGUCUCUGAGCAAUCAUACACAGUGGAGCUUGCACAGAGUGAAACAAAACCAUUUACCAGGAUUGGAAGUGAUGAAGAUGAUGAUGAAGGUGAUGAGGUAUGGAACCUGAACGACCCAAAUGAGACUGCUGUUAGCCGAGAUGCCAGAUUAGAAAAUGGUGCCCCACAAUACCCACUGGUUCCUCCACCGCCCACACGACCGGAGGCCGAGGGUGCCCGAGAAGACGGAGCAGAGAAACAGAAUGUAGGCCAGCCUGCGUCACCUAAACCCACGACCUGUGGCAGGGGAGAAGAGGUGGAUGGUUCCUUGAGUGGAACACACACAGCAGAUGCAUCACAAGUAAAUGUAAAUGGAUCCGCCACUGACAACACCCCCACAACCAACGAGGAUCAAACCUCAGCCAGCUUCCAGGAGAAACUGACCCAACCUGCUGCUCUACCAGACUCAGCCACCCACAGCGAUUCUGUGGAGCUCAAGGGCCGCUACCAGGAGGAGCAGACGUCCCUGAAUGGGCUCGAUGCAGUCCUAGCCUCCCUGGGAGGUAUGGAAGAGUUGGCUGGGGACGAGUCAACUGUCCUUGGACCAGAAGCAUUUUUAAACUGA